GUAUGUGUUGCUGAAAAUGGAAAUGGAAGCGAUCAAGCUGCUACAAUCAUCGAAAUCGAACGUCGAGAAGCUCCAAUUGUCGAGCUUCAUCCAAAAGAACCACAAGUUCUCAGAGUUGGCGAAUCAACGAGAUUCGCUUGUCGCGUUACUGCAGGAAUUCCAUAUCCAACAGUCACAUGGAAACGUGUUGAUGGAAGACCUCUUCCUGCUAAAGCUGAACAAGACUAUCCGGGAGUCAUUACUUUCCAUUCAGUUGGAUUAUCGGAUGCAGGAACAUACGAAUGCGUUGCUGUCAAUGAAGCUGGCACGGUAUCUCUCUCAUCAACAUUGGAAGUUCAAGAACCUCCAACUGCAAUGUUUAUUCCUGACGAUCCAUAUGUCUUUGUUCGCGAAGGUCAUAGCAUUGAAAUUGUUUGUCAAGCAACAGGUUUCCCAACACCAAAUGUCGUAAUUAAAGCACCAAAAGAACAAAAUUUGGUUAGCCAUUCUCCUGCAUUUGAGAGAACUGCUUUGGGAACUGCGAGAAUCAAGAUCACAUUAGCAGAAAAGAGUCAUGAUGGUGUCUAUGAAUGCGAAGCAACGAAUUCAGCAGGAAAAGAUAUUAAAUACACAAGAGUUCAAGUUGGAAGAGGAGAUCAACCUCCAGAUCCAGAAGACGAAUAUACUCAUAGACCAUAUCCUCCGCCAGAUAAUCGUGUUACUGAAAGACCUGGACAUAUAAAAUCCAGAUAUCCAGCUCAUUUGAAUACGCGAUCUCUUUUGACUUGCAAUGUUGAAGGUUCUGAAGUACAUACUGAAUGGCGACGAGCUGAUGGAUAUCCAUUACCACACUCUUCUCAACAAUACAGCGGAAAUCUCAUAAUUGAAGAUACUCAAUACGAUGCUGCUGGACUUUACGAAUGUGUUGGAAGAACAGGAGGAAGCGAACCAUUUGUUUUACAACAAGUUGAACUUGUUGUUAUUGCUUUGCCUCGAAUUACUUUUAGUCCUCCAAUGCCGAUGAAUGUACGAGCUGGAGAAAAUGUUGUUAUCCAUUGUAACGCAACUGGCGAGCAACCAAUUACCGUUACUUGGCAUCCUGAAGGCGGCGGUUAUUUGCCAAAUGCAGUUCGUGCGAGCGGAAAUUAUUUGCAAUUCCAUAGUAUUACGCCCGCAGACGCAGGACGUUAUUAUUGUACAGCAAUGAAUGUACAUGGAAACACAACUAAAUUAGCAGAAGUCAUCGUAAAUCGCGUAGACACUCACGAGCAUGUUCGUCCCGGAAGAGUUCAAGAAGUCAACGAAGGAGAUACAAUAUCCUUAGAUUGUCUUUUGCCAAAUGACAUUUUAGUCCCGGGUGUACGAUUUGAAUGGCAUCGCGUUGCACAAGAAAUGCCUCGAACUGCUCGUUAUAACGACAAUAAACUAAUUUUGUCAGAUGUCUCCGAAUACGAUGCAGGUCGUUACGAAUGUCGCAUGAUUUAUUCAAAUGGUCAAGUGACAAGAAAUCAUGUUGAACUCAAGAUUAAGCGAUAUGAGAUAGUAACUAUUGUUUGUACACAUGUUGACUAUGUUUGUGUACCUCGAGAUGUUUUAUGUGAAAGCCUUUGCUCUGGAUAUAAGCAAUGUGUAGGACAAAGUGACGAAGAAGUUUGCAAAUCUACGGAGAUGAGGACCAAAAAGGAAACUCAAAAAAUUCAUCGAAGACCGACAAAAUUCCCGUUUAUGCUGAAAGAUAACUUAAUUGAUCGCGAUCAUUUGCCAACGCUAAGUUUGUCACCCCCAAGAUCAUAUUUGAAGGUUGGCGACUCAGUAGUAGUUGAUUGCGAAUCAUCCGAAGGCCCUGAAGUACAAAUCCAAUGGGAAAAGAGUGGAUCAAGACCAUUACCAUCAAACUUCCAUCAAAGCGGAAAUCGUUUGAUUAUCAAUGAUGCCAAAGAACGUGAUGCAGGACGUUAUUCAUGUAUUGGAUAUACACAACAAAAUCAUCGUUAUGUCUCUGAGUAUGAGCUUAUUGUAACGCCAAUUGCUGAAAUUGUCACAAGCAAUUUCCCAAAAGUUGAAUACGCUGAAGUUGGUGCAUCUUUGGAUCUUCAUUGCAAUUCAAAUAGUUAUCCCGCAACAUAUCUAUGGACCCGUCAACAUGGUUCAUUCCAAGCUGAUCAAAAUGUCAAUUCAAAUACCUUGAGUUUGAAUGAUGUUCAAGCUUCUGAUGCAGGAACAUACAUUUGCACAGUACGUCAUAAUGAACAACGCAUCGAUAAUCCAACAAUAUUGGUUGUAACAGGCGCUAUUCCUUUCUUCCCGCAAUCGCCAAACAGUUAUAUGGCAUUCAACAAAAUCGAUAAGGCUUAUGCACGUUUCAACUUUGAAGUUACGUUCAAACCAGAACAAAAUGAUGGUUUGAUUCUUUACAAUGGAGCUCGUCGAUCGGAUGGCGAUUACAUUGCUUUGUCGUUGCGCGAUGGGUAUGUUCAAUUCAAAUACAAAUUCGGUGUGAAUCAAGGAUCAGUUGAAUCAGCACAACCAUUACAAGAACACAAAUGGGCUACUGUCAAAGUUAAUCGCCAACGUCAAAAUGGAUUCAUGAUUGUUGAUGAUCAAGCGCCCGUUUCGUUCUCUAAUUCUCGCUUCUAUGGAUUGAAUUUGGAAGAUAAUCUUUAUCUUGGAGGGGUCCCGAGCUUUGAUGUCGUUCCAAAAGAUGCUGUUCACGAAAAACGAGGAUUUGUUGGAUGUAUCAGUCGAUUGUCUAUAAAUGAACGUGAAAUACAACUAAAUCAAGAAGCUAUUAAGACAGAAGGAACAACUGCAUGCGAACCUUGUGCAAAUGAACCUUGCAAACAUGCCGGAGUUUGUUUAGAAACUCAAACAAAGAGCGGUUACACAUGUGUUUGUCAAGAAGGUUACACAGGAAGAAAUUGUCAAGUUGAAGGAAGCCAUUGUACACCCGAUGUCUGCAAUACAGGAAGAUGUUUGGAUACAGAUGAUGGAAUCUCAUGUUUCUGCCCAUUGAACCGAACAGGCGAUAGAUGUCAAUAUCGUGAACAUUACGAUAGCGACACUUUGUCGUUCAAGGAUGGAAGUUAUGCAACUUAUGAUCGUCUCCAAUCAAAGAAAACCCUCAAAUUCAAGAUUCGACCAAACAGUAUUAACGAUUCUGUCUUAAUCUACACUGCUGAAUCUGAAAAGGCUUAUGGAGAUUACUUUGCUGUUGUCAUCAAGGAUCGUCAUAUUGAACUUCGUUAUUCGGUAGGCGGAAAAAUAACUCCAGUUGUUAUAAGAUCUGAUGCGCCAAUAAAACCAAACGAAUGGACUGAAAUUUCUGUAGGUCGAACAAAGAAUGGCGUUGGAUUCUUACAAGUAGGCAAUGGAGCAGAAAAAACAGAACCAAGAUUAAGCGCUCGUGCUCAAAGCAUCUUCCUAAAAAUUCCUCUUUAUGUUGGCGGUUAUGAUAAGCGUAUCUUACUAAAUCAAGGCGUUGAAGUAUCUCGAGGAUUCGACGGAUGCAUAACUGGACUCGAAAUAGCUGGAAGACCCGUUAACAUGAUCGCUGAAAUGCGAGAUGCUGCUAAUGUUGAAAAUUGUGGAUAUGCAAUGUCACACAACUCUGAGAAUGAAAUUGAUAAUGACAUUCAAUCGGGCACUUGUCAUCCGGGAUAUAUUGGAGCUAAUUGCGAAACUUUAUACGAUGCAUGUCUUGCUCUUGAGCCCUGUGAAAAUGGCGGAACUUGUCAAUCGAUGAAGAAUGGAGAAUACAAAUGCUUGUGUCCUUAUCCAUCAAGCGGAGUUAAUUGUGAAAACACGAUUACCCUCUUGUUCGACACACAUUACAAAGACAACAGCUAUUUGGAAGUUAACCGCUCCAUUUUGUCUCCGAAAGUCGAUUUGAAUGAAACAGGAAUUGCCAUUCUCUUUUCCACAAAGAAAUCAGAUGGUCUUCUCUUUUGGCAAGGACAACCAAAAGGAACUCCGUUUGAGGGACAAGAUUUCCUCGCUGUUGCUAUUGUUGAUGGCUUGAUUGAAUUCAGUUUCAGAUUAAAUGAAGAAGAAUCGUUGUUAAAGAACACUUACACGAAAGUUAAUGAUGGCAGUCGACACAUUGUAAUCAUUAAGCAAGAAGAAACGAGAUUUAGCUUGGAAGUCGAUAGUUUUGUUCAACAUGGAGAAACGAGACCAACGGGCAAAACAACGAUUCAUUUACCGGGCAAUGUAUUGAUUGGAGGAGCCCCUGAUAUUAAUAGUUUUACAGGAAACAGAUAUACUCAAAACUUUAACGGAUGCAUUCACAUUAUGGAAACAACAGCUGGUACUCCAAUCAACUUAACAGAAGCUGCUGUAAGCGGUGUGAAUAUCGAUACGUGCCCCAGCGAUGAAACAAACACGUUGAGUGGACCGGAAGAUUACGAUGAACCAUUAGUCGUUUAAAUUUUCAUUUUUAUCCAAUUCAAAUACAGACUUUCAAAGAAAUAUCUGUUAUCUUGAAUGUUCAAACUAUUCUCUACUUAUUUUUUUUAACAAAUUCUCUAUUUUAGCAAUUAAGUCCUUAUGUUAGCUUUAGUUGUUUAACCAUACACAAAAAUACGAUCAAAUAUUGAUUAUUAUUGUGCCAAAAUGUAAAAAAAAAUCUUUUAGGUUUAUAACCUUUUUUUUGUUAUUCACUGCCCGAGUAAACGUUUUCUUUCGAAUUUUCAUGCUGCCGAAAUUUGACGUAAUGUAUUUUUUUAAUUUGAAAUCGUGUUUUUCAAUACAUAGUGCCAUUUUUCGUUUUUUUAAAUUAUUUUUACGUCUUUUUAUAUUUAAAUUUAAAUACAUUCAUAGAAAUUACCGUGAGCCAUAUCAUCAUAAUUCAUAGUUAUUACGGAAAACAUAUUGCUUCUAAACAAACGUGAAAUAAAAGUGGAAAAUCUACGCAAAUUAAUUUUAGGAUAUAUAGAAAGAAAAGUGUUACAUAAGAAACUAAGGUCGAUGAUUUUGUACAUUUUGAGAUAAACAUAAUAUUUAAAGAGUAGAAACUUAUUGCAUUUCAUAAUUAAUACUAAAAAUAUUCGCGUGAAUCAAAUUCAAUCUAAGGGAAGAACGUAAAAACUAAUCCAACGCAAGUUAUUUAUAAGAUAUGAAAAAGAAAACUAACACAAGACAAUAAAGAAAAAUAUGUAAAGAACUAUUCGAACGGAAUACCUACUUUACUAUUAAUGAAACAAGAAAGAAAAUAAUAAAUGUU